CACAACUGACAUAAAAAGAAUAUUUGCAGAAAUAAUAGCAGAAAAUUUCCCAAGCAUGGAAACAGAACCUGAUAAGAUUAAUAAAUGGGAUUAUACACAAGCUACGCAGAUCUGAACAUCCUCAGAUGCACAGGAUGGAUUUUCUUCAGAGGCCAAGGUUUUACUGAAGAGGUUCCUGAAAACUCACUCAAGGUGCUACACUGCAAACAUGGUUCAGUUGACAGCUACUCCUCUGAGCGCGCUUGUUGAUGAGCCCGUGCAGAUCCGAGUCACAGGCCUGAGUCCUUUCCAGGUGGUGUGUCUUCAGGCAUCACUGACAGAUGAAAAGCAGUCCCUGUUUCGUUCUGAGGCCUACUAUAAGGCCAAUGAAGCUGGUGAGGUCGAUUUGGAGCGUGAUGCUGCGCUUGGAGGUGACUAUGUGGGAGUCCACCCCAUGGGGCUCUUCUGGUCCUUGAAACCUGAAAAACUGUUAACGAGACUGAUGAAAAGAGAUGUGAUGAAUAGUCCGUUCCAGGUCCAAUUACAACUCUUUGAGCCAUAUUUCCCAGUACAAUAUGAAUCUGCCCGUGCUCCAAUGGCCAGCCUGACCGUGGAAAGGUGGUACGUGGCACCUGGUGUCACGCGGAUCCCGGUGAGGGAAGGCCGCCUCCGGGGAGCCCUCUUUCUCCCUCCAGGAGAGGGCCCUUUCCCAGGGGUAAUUGAUUUGUUUGGUGGUACCGGUGGACUGCUUGAAUUCCGGGCCAGUUUGCUAGCCAGUCAUGGCUUUGUCUCCUUGGCCUUGGCCUAUUUGGCCUAUGAUGAUCUGCCUACCAUACUGGAGAAAGUGGAGUUAGACUAUUUUGAGGAAGCUGUAAACUUUCUCCUGAGCCAUCCUAAGGUCUUUGGCACAGGUCUUGGGAUAGUCUCCACAUCUAAAGGAGCAGAGAUUGGACUGUCUAUGGCAAUUCAUCUAAAACAAAUCACAGCAACAGUGCUUAUUAAUGGGCCUAAUUUUAUUAUUGGUAACCCACACAUAUACCAUGGUCAGAUCAUUCAGCCUGCAAUUUUCUCUAUAGAGUAUAAAUCCAUCAAUGCCUUGGGAUUUGCAGAGUUCUAUCACAUGUAUACAAAAAGUGAAAUUGGGAUUAGCCAGUCUUUCCUUCCUAUUGAAAAGGCCCAGGGACAUUUCCUCUUCAUUGUGGGAGAGGAAGAUAAGAAUCUCAACAGCAAAGUACAUGCUGCACAAGCCACUGAACAGCUGCGGAGAAAUGGGAAGAACAACUGGACCUUACUGUCUUACCCUGGGGCUGGCCACCUGAUAGAACCCCCCUAUUCUCCACUGUGUUGUGCCUCCAGGAUCCCUUUUGUGGUGCCAACCAUUCACUGGGGAGGAGAAGUUAUCCCACAUGCAGCCGCACAAGAACAUGCUUGGAAGGAGAUCCAGAAAUUUCUCAGAAAGCACCUCAUUCCAGGGACGACCAGUCAAUUAUGAGAAGAAUGGGUAUAACUAUGAAGUGGAGAAGUAAAUUUGUUUCCUGCACCUUCUCUUGGUUUUCAUGGAAGAAUGACUUUGUUCUGUUACUGUAAAAAGGAAGUUAUUGCAAAAAAAAUCAAGAUAAACAAGAAUGAUAAUGUCUUGAUUUCCACUGAGUGAAAUAUCAUCCCCUGAGAGUCCUAUAAUUGAUAAGUAAACAUACACCCAUAGAAGCCCUAAAAUUUCCACCAUCAUUACAACUCUCAAUGAUAGCAACUACCAAAGGAAAAAUUGCUAACAAAAAAGUCCAGCAGAAUUAGAUGCUGCCCUCUGACCUAAAAUUGAAAUUAAAUACAGUUAGGUCCCUAAUAUUUCCUAAUAGUUCAUGGUUGCUUCAUUGUUUAUUGAAAUCCAAAGCUGUGUAAAGAAUUUUUUUUAUUAAGGCAAUCUGGCUGCUCAUGUGAAUGUAAGAUCAUUAUAUCCAUCCACAAUCUAUAUUUCAAUAACUGCUAAUAAUUUAAAAUUAUUGUAAACCUGUGUAAAAUGCUUGUAUUCUCAGCAAUGUAAGAAGAACAAUCUGAGAUUCAUAAAAUUGCAUCAGGAACAUAGCCAAAAUGGUGGAGAUUGUGUAUUUCUAGAUUCGGGGCUGAUAAAUAUUUCUGAAAGUACCAGAGAGUAAAUAGUUUCAGGAGAUAGAAGUAUAAGAGGGUUAAUGUAUAAUCAAGGUGAAGAAGAACUAGUAGAAGUAGACUUUGGUUCAUUUUGUAGGUAUAAUGGUAAACCAAUGAGAAGUAUAGUAAUAAAACUUACAGGAGAACACUGCAGUUGUAUUUACCUAAACUUUUCCUUGAAUCUCUCUUCUGAUAUUGUGUGUUUAGAGGAGAAAAUCUCACUUGAUUAGAGUGGAACUAAUAGACUCCCUCCUAUCUCACUCAUAGAAGUGAUUACAUUUCACACACUUGGUGGUCAAGCAGAACACCUGCAUUGCCUAUAAUAAUGAUGCAAAUGCAAUGUCUAUUACCUCCAAUACCAUGUUAUAAAAUACUUUUCGUAAUGGAUAUAACUAUUUUUGGUUUUGUUUGGGGCUUUAAAAUAUUUUUACCUAUAGGGUAUGAUAUUGUUUCGCCUGGUAUAUAUCCCUAAAUUUAUACUUUACAGAAAUUUUUUAAACUGAGAAUAUUUGUUAAUUGCUUUAUCAACAUUACUAAUAUUUAUAAAUGCAACAGAUUUUUGGAUAACAAAAUGUAGCUACUUGGGUUUUUUUUUUUUUUUUUUGGUG